CAAAAGAAAACCAAGCAAAAAACUCUUUCCAAACCAAAAAAAAAAGGAAGGCUAUGUAGGUAACCGACGAGCACUAUGAGGUCAGUUGUUCCCCGUAGUGUGGAGACAUCAAAUCAGCGUCGGAGACAGAGCAGGCCACUAUCCCCCCCCUCUCUCUCUCUCUUACUUUCGUUCUCAGACAGUUCUCUCUCUCAUCGCGCGACUGUGCAGUGGCGCUAGCUGUGGACCUUGAAUGUAAGUGAGAUUGUAGUUUAUCCAGAUGGCGUGGAUGGAAAAGGAUGUUGGUAAUGGGAAAGAGAGGGACCCGGUUGGAGAUAAUGGGUCCAUGAAAGAAGAGCAGCCUGCUUCCGGUACCAAUAACUCUAGUGAUUGUAUUAGUCCUGGGCAAAAGAAAUUUGAAGGGAAGGAUGCUUUAUCUUAUGCCAACAUUCUUCGCUCCAGGAACAAAUUCGUUGACGCUCUUGCUCUUUAUGAGAGUAUAUUGGAGAAGGAUUGUGGAAAUGUUGAUGCUCACAUUGGCAAAGGGAUUUGCCUGCAGAUGCAAAAUAUGGGACGGCUUGCUUUCGAGAGUUUUGCUGAAGCAAUCAAAUUGGAACCGCAAAAUGUGUGCGCUCUUACUCAUUGUGGUAUCGUGUACAAAGAUGAGGGCCAGCUCAUUGAAGCUGCUGAGUCUUAUCAGAAGGCUCUGAGAGUGGACCCUUCAUACAAACCUGCAGCAGAAUACCUGGCAAUUGUUUUGACAGAUCUCGGAACUAGCUUAAAGCUUGCUGGCAACGCUCAGGAGGGAAUACAGAAAUACUACGAAGCUAUUAAAAUAGAUCCGCAUUAUGCUCCUGCAUAUUAUAACCUUGGUGUUGUUUAUUCUGAAAUGAUGCAAUAUGAUAUGGCCCUUGGUUGCUAUGAGACUGCAUUAGAGAGGCCCAUGUAUGCUGAAGCCUACUGCAACAUGGGUGUCAUCUAUAAGAAUCGUGGAGACUUGGAAUCAGCUCUUGCCUGUUAUGAGAGGUGUCUUGCUGUGUCUCCAAACUUCGAGAUUGCAAAGAACAACAUGGCAAUUGCAUUGACAGAUUUAGGAACAAAGGUUAAAUUGGAGGGAGACAUUGACCAAGGUGUGGAAUACUACAAGAAGGCUCUGUAUUAUAAUUGGCACUAUGCUGAUGCCAUGUAUAAUCUAGGUGUUGCAUAUGGGGAAAUGCUGAAGUUUGACAUGGCAAUUGUGUUUUAUGAACUUGCUUUCCACUUCAAUCCUCAUUGUGCAGAGGCAUGCAACAAUUUAGGAGUGAUAUACAAAGACCGUGACAACCUCGAUAAAGCUGUGGAGUGUUAUCAGUUGGCUUUAUCCAUCAAACCAAAUUUCUCACAGUCCUUGAACAAUCUUGGUGUCAUCUACACUGUCCAGGGUAAAAUGGAUGCUGCUGCAAGCAUGAUUGAGAAAGCUAUUGUUGCAAACCCUACAUAUGCGGAAGCGUAUAAUAACUUAGGGGUUCUUUAUAGAGAUGCCGGCAAUAUAACUCUGGCCAUUGAAUCUUAUGAGCAAUGCCUUAAGAUUGAUCCUGAUUCACGCAAUGCAGGCCAGAACCGAUUACUUGCAAUGAAUUACAUACAUGAGGGAACCGAUGAUAAACUAUUUGAGGCUCACAGAGAUUGGGGUAGGCGCUUUAUGAGGUUAUAUCCACAGUACACUUCAUGGGAAAAUCCAAAAGAUCCAGAACGACCACUUGUUAUUGGAUAUGUAUCACCUGAUUAUUUUACUCAUUCUGUAUCGUAUUUCAUUGAAGCACCUCUUGUAUAUCAUGACUAUGCAAAUCACAAGGUGGUGGUUUAUUCAGCAGUUGUGAAGGCAGACGCAAAAACUAACAGAUUUAGAGACAAGGUUUUGAAAAAAGGUGGGAUAUGGAGAGAUAUCUAUGGGAUUGAUGAGAAGAAGGUUGCAAGCAUGGUUAGAGAAGAUAAAGUUGAUAUCUUGAUAGAACUUACGGGUCAUACCGCUAAUAAUAAGUUGGGAAUGAUGGCAUGCCGACCAGCACCAGUUCAGGUGACUUGGAUUGGAUACCCAAAUACGACUGGUUUGCCUACCAUUGAUUAUAGAAUCACUGAUGCAUUGGCUGACUCUCCUGACACGAGACACAAGUAUGUUGAAGAGUUAGUUCGCUUACCAGAAUGUUUCCUUUGUUAUACACCAUCUCCUGAAGCUGGGCCUGUAUCUCCAACUCCUGCUCUUUCCAAUGGCUUCAUUACUUUUGGUAGCUUUAACAAUCUAGCAAAGAUAACGACCAAAGUGCUACAAGUCUGGGCUAGGAUUUUAUGCGCAGUUCCAAACUCUCGACUUGUUGUAAAGUGUAAGCCUUUCUGUAGUGAUAGUGUAAGGCAGAGAUUCCUUUCAACACUGGAGCAGUUAGGUUUGGAAUCCCAACGAGUUGAUCUUUUGCCUCUAAUUCUUCUCAAUCAUGACCAUAUGCAAUCAUAUGCUCUUAUGGACAUUAGCUUGGAUACUUUCCCAUAUGCGGGAACAACUACUACUUGUGAAUCUUUGUACAUGGGAGUUCCAUGUGUCACUAUGGGAGGUUCAGUACAUGCCCAUAAUGUUGGUGUGAGUCUUCUCAGUACAGUUGGGUUAGGCCAUCUGGUUGCCAAGAAUGAGGAUGAGUAUGUCCAAUUAGCACUGAAAUUGGCCUCAGACGUAACGGCUCUCUCAAACAUGAGAACGGGUCUGCGAGAUCUCAUGUCUAAGUCUCCCCUUUGUGAUGGAUCAAAAUUCACUCUUGGUCUGGAAUCAACAUACCGGAAAAUGUGGAAGAGAUUUUGUAAAGGUGACGUGCCAUCUUUAAGAUGCAUGGAAAUUCUACAACAGCAGCAGAUUCAUCAAGUUUCUUCUGAAGAGCCAACUGUGAAAAUCUCUGAGCCAACAAAGACAGCAACAAACUCUAGAGAAGGCCAUCUAGGUUCAGUCAAGAAAAAUGGGUUUAAUUUGGAAACUCAUUCUAUUUUAAAUCUCUCCACUAGUGAAGAAAAUGGGGUUGUCCUGUUGAAUCAGCCUAACUCGGGCAAUUUGAGCUGAAAUUCAAGUUUACAAGGAGUAUGCUAUUCCCGGUUUUAGAAAAUACGCUUAUUGCACAAGUGAAAUUGAGCCUCCUGUAUCGUAUAUAUUCAUCAAGGCGUGAUCUGCUGAAUUUGAGGCUGGAGUUAACUAUGGAGGCAACUAUUUGUUGCUAUUUGAUGCAUAGGGUCAAAUUUUUUUGGGAAGAGAACGCUAGCAAUGGUUGGUUCUCUAAUUUUGUUCCAUUCAAGAUAGGAUUGUAGUGUAUUGCAAUGUGGUAUGAAUGUUUGCACAUUCGUGCGCUUAUACUAGGUAUUGUCUUCAUCUCCCACCCCCUCUGAAUUAUAGAUGCUAGUGUGUGUGGCUUGUAAAAUGUAAGUUGAAAUAGGCUGCCUUUUAGUUUAAAUUUCGUGAUUUUGUGAAAUUUACUUAGAUGGGGAAAUGUUCUCAAUUCUAGUUUGAUGAUAUAGCAGUUUUAAGGGGGUUUGUGUGUUUAUAACAGUUUUAUAACCAUCCAAUGAAGGUUUUAAUUGUUCAACA